GGAGGGUGGAGCUUUGUGAAACUUGGUGACUCGCCAAAAACUUUUGAGAGAGAGAAAGAGAAAGAAAGAAAGGAGAGAACAUGUCAACAGAAAGCCAAGCAUCAGAAUUCGCUGGCAUCCCCUUCGACCACUUGAUCUACGAGAAGAGACCCAUCGCUUCUGGGGGUUAUGGGGUGGUGUACAAAGCUGAGCACAAGAACUGGGGCAUCCCCUUAGCCAUCAAAUUCACCCACCUGGAUCGCCCGAUCUCUGCCAGUGACAAGAGCGCAAUGUUAAAGGAGGCGAAUAAAUUGCACAAGGCACAGUUUGAAUAUGUUCUAAGGCUGUACGGGGUAAGUGAGCGUCACCUGGAGAAUGGACUUUCGUCACUGGGAAUUGUAACUGAAUUAGCGGAGAACGGGUCAUUGGAUAGGUUCAUUCAACGGUCAGGCGUCCCCUGGGCUCUUCGACUUCGCUUUGUUUACGAGAUUGCUUUGGGAAUGAACUACCUGCAUCACCUGAACCCACCGCUUCUUCACUGCGAUCUGAAGCCAGCAAAUAUUCUGCUGAAUAAGGAUUAUCAUGUCAAGAUUGCAGACUUUGGCAUGGCGGAAUGGCGGAGGAUUACUCAACAGUACAGCUCGAAGGAAAAUAAAGGAGGCACCCUUAACUAUAUAGCACCCGAGUACUUGAAGAACAUCAACACUAGAGCAGACGUAAAGAUUGAUGUGUACAGCUUUGCUAUUGUCAUGUGGGAGAUAAUGACCGAGCGAAAACCUUAUGAACAUGCUGUGGGUUCCGAUGCUGUAUCCCUUGGUGUGAAACGAGGUCAAAGACCAGAUAUUAAAGCAAUCCCUAAAAAUAAACCUUCAGUUCAUCAUCUUGUUUCUCUAAUGGAGAGAUGCUGGCACCAAAUCCCUGGAGAACGGCCGUCCUUUGCAGACUGCAUCAGAUACCUCAAACCCACGCAACCAAGUGACAGGGAUGUGCGGGCUGCAAUCCAAUCGCUUACACAAGAGGACAUGUGUUGUGUGGAUGCAGAUCCAUGUCCAGAAGAGCCGGGAAGCCUUACGGAGAGCAAGGAGAGCAUCAGCAAGCUAAGAAAACCUGUUCAGGAAACCCGCAGAAAGAGUCUGGAAUUAAUUCCUGACGUCAGGCGAAAGGAAACCUUACAAGGCCCUGACGUCAUGAUUACUUCGCUUGAAUCAUUGGAAUUGGCCGAGUCGCUCGGUAAAAACUGGAAGUCCUUAGCCAGACACCUGAGUUUGACCGAGGUCGAUAUCGAAAUGAUUGAUUACAAUUACGAACAGGACGGGCUGGUCGAGAAGGGGUAUCAGACAGUUCAAAUGUGGCAGCAGCAUCAGGGCAAGAAAGCCACUCGGGCCAUACUGGUGUCAUGCUUGCAGAUGAUUGGCAGGCAGGACCUGCUGGAUAUCUUUAAAUGAAUCCUGGGACCUGCAGUCUCUAAGAUACUGUAGAUUUGAAUAAAAUAAUAAUUUCGGUUCAA